AUGAGUCUUCUCCAGCAGCUACAAACUAAGCGCAAGGCUUUGAAAGCCACCACAACCACUGUAACCACCGAAAGUGGCAAACGUUUUAUCGUAGCCAAUGCAACUACCUCAACACCCAUACAACAACAGCUACAAGCACAAUCUUAUGGUUUUGUAGUCGAUACAAAACCAGAUACCACACCAGCAUGCAUUCUAGCCGAUUUUCUCUACUUGGGCUCACAAGAUGCUGUUAAUAGUGAAAAUAUAAGUGCAUAUAAGUUAACACAUAUUUUAAGUGUCGGUAUAGAGACCCCACUAUUGGAUAGUGAUAAAGUGGUGAGACAUUUUCUGCCAUGUCUCGAUUUGCCUGAAACCUUACUUUCAGCGCAUGUCAUACCAGCUGCAAACAAAUUCAUCAAAAGCGCGGAAUUGGCUCGCGGUCGUGUGUUAGUGCAUUGUAAUGCUGGUGUUUCGCGCGCGGCCAGCAUUGUUAUUGCAUAUUUAAUAUUAGUACGCGGUAUGCGGUACGACGCGGCAUAUACUUUGGUAAAAUCAAAACGCGAAUGCAUACAACCAAAUGUAGGAUUUAUUAAGCAAUUAAAGCAACUAAAAUUAAACGAUGUGUAAGCUCGAUAAGUAAGACGCCUGUACUUCUUGUAUUAUCUAUUUGGGGAUAUGAAUGGAUGGAUUCAUAACUUAUAUGCUCAUAUUCGUAAGAAUUCAAAACUCUUAGUUAUUUAAGUCUCUUUUCCGAUAUUAAAAAAGUUACUAUUUGGAGAAAUGAUUCUCAAAUUUUUACCUUAACCUCCAAAUGUAACAAUAAAAUUUUGAAUUGCGGGAGAACCUUAAACUAAACUGAUCCGUUGUAUCUGCUAUAAAGUUAAUUCGAGUAGAAAGGUUUCUUUUUUGCUUUUCUAGUAAGUUUUUCACGAAUUAGAUUUUGUUUGGUUAGCCCUUUGCACGUUCUGCCUUAGGUCGCUUGCAGUACGAAAAAAACUUAAAAACUUGUACUAAGCCCUACUCUAAAUUUGUAUCCAGACUUUGUUUUUGUUGUUGUAGAUACAAUAAAAUGGGUUUUGAGAAAUUUUUGCUGGGUGGCUCCUUAGGAGGUGAUACAUUUUGUUCCAUUCAGCUUAGUUGGAACCAACAUUCUUGCUACUCCUCUUGCUUAAACACCCUCUCGUUGUGUUAGAAUAUAAAUAAAAAAAAAAAACAAAUAUAAUUUCUUCUCUACAUUAAGAUUUAUUGAAUUUUAUAAUUUCCUCUCUACUACAAGAGAGUUACAAUAGGAUACCAAGCCGACUUGUAUCGUUCGUUUUCUUCACUAACAUAGGAAUACAUAAAAUUUUUGAUAAUGUAAUAUAUAUGUAUAGAUUUAUAUAUAGUGUUGUAAUAAUUUAAAAUAAAUGCUUAAUAAUGUUAAUCUUAAAGAUUUUUUGACUAUGUCGAAAUGUGUGAACGCUCACACGUUUGCCAGCGUUACAGUUAGGAAAUACAAAAUGUACAAUGUUAUGACACACCAGUUUACAUGUAAGCACUUCCACGAGCUUUUUGGGAUAAAAAAGAAAAAAAAUAACUUAAUUAAAAUUAUAAAAUAAAGAAUGAAAAUUUAAUUUACAACGGUAUUUAAGUGGUGUAAUAAUAUAAUAUAAUUUAAGAAGGAUAUGUUACAGUGGUAAAGAAAUAUAUACAACAAAUUUAAAUAAAGUUAAUAUGCAAUCGCAAUUACAUAAUUACAAGUGAAAUUCUGCAAUUAAGUUCGAAAUCGCUUAAACACACUUCGCUUAAAAUAUCACAUUUAAAAUUAAAUAUUAAAUUAAAAUUACUAAAUUACAAAGACAAGCGUGUAAAUACAUAUAAAAUGUAUAUGAAAACACGCUCGAGUGUUUUUGUUGUUUUUUACAAGAAGUGAAAGUGCCUUUCUCGUUCGUGGGACACAUUUUCUAAAUUAAAACAAACUGCUUUUCCAAUAGUUGUCAAUUUAUAUGUAUAUGUAUGUAUGUUUGUUUGUAUAGCUAUAUGUAUGUAUGUAUUUGUUAUUAUUGCAAUACCGUUUAAGUAUAUCCAUUUAAACGACAAGAAUUUGGCUUUUGAUUAUGUCGGCAUGCUCAUUGCCUAGCAGUUAGCUAAGUUUGUGCUAAAAAAGUUACCGUUAUAUGCUAUAACUCCAUUAUAUAUGUAUGUAUAUAAAUUGUUGCUGGAAGCAUGAAGCAUUGAAGCACAUUCAC